AUGAGCAACAAGGUGACCAAAGAAAGCAAGCUAAGCAGAUACUUAAAAGCACCCAUCAAGUUCCUAAUCAAGGCCAGGGAUGUAUACAUCAAAAGUAUGUCUGAAUACUCCGAAAGGAUCGGCUUCGGCACCACCAUGGGUUGCCCUACCGGCCAAGUUAAUGCUUUACCGAGGAGUUAUAGUGUUGGCUCAACGAAAUCCAUCAACGCUGAUGAAGACUUGAGGGAACUUAUAAGAGCUGCUUCCAUCAGGAGUUCACGAGACAAGGCUCGGUUGGACCUUCAUCGGAGACAACCAGCGAGGACCGGAGCUAACCGUAUGCCUAGAAGUCACAGCGUUGUGAUUGGGAGGAUCGAUGAAGACAAGCCUUGUGAGUUUGGUGAUGGUGAUGAACAAGGUGUGUUGCCAAGGACUAGGAGCUAUGCUGUUACGAAGAAAAAAACUGUUUCUUUCUAA